UGUUCCGUGUGGCACAUCCGGCUGAGCCAGCGCUGGAGCCAGCUCCUUCCUUUACCUCUAUGCAGGCAGCGGGGAGGCAGCGAGGAGCUCACCGUGCUCUUGGCACCCCAGCGCCAGGGUCCAUCCAGGUUCGCUGUUGCCGGGGAGAGGCUUUAGGCUGUCCUCCAGCUAAUUCGCACCAGAGAGACAAGCGCUUGAAUUAGCUGCAUUAUCUGCGCCCGGCUAAAGUGGACAAAGGAUUAAAGUGUGCUGGGCACCAGCACCGUGAUUUGCAUCUCAGAGCCCCUUCCCACGGGCCCCCCUCCCCUGCUCCCAGCCUUGUUUUCUGUCCUUUGGGCUGGGAGCCAGCCCCAGAGCCCUGCUCACAGGAGUGAUGCCGAGGUUAACAUUGCAAAAGGCUGCAUCAAGGCUUUCAGUGGCUACUGAAGCAGAAGUGCUGGCCCUGGGCUGCGCACACAGGGGAUGAGCUGCCCGCGCAGCCACACGCUCGCCACCCUCCGCUUGACCCAUCCUUGUCUCAACCCGAGCAGGCUGGCUUGGGAGGAGAAAGAAGCUGUCAUGUCCCAAGGAGGAGCAGGGGAACGCAAAGCUGCCAAGCCCCAGGACCAGGGCUGGGCAUGGAUGGUGCUGCUGGCUGCGGUGGUGCUGCAGGGGAUGACGCUGGGCUUCCCCCCCUGCAUUGGCAUCUUCUUCACGGACCUGCAGCGAGACUUCCAGGCCAGCAACAGUGAGACAUCGUGGUUCCCAUCCAUCAUGGUGGCUGUGCUGCACGGAGGCGGGCCCCUCUGCAGCCUCCUGGUGAAGCGCUUUGGCUGCAGGUUCACGGUGAUGCUGGGGGGCCUGCUCAGCGGCGUGGGCAUGGUGUCCAGCUCCUUCUGCAGGUCCAUCAGCCAGCUCUACAUCACCGCUGGCUUCAUCACGGGCCUGGGGUCGUGUUUCAGCUUCCAGGCAGGAGUGACUGCACUGGGAUAUUACUUUGUACGGUGGCGAACACUGGCCAAUGCCAUGGCAUCCACUGGCGUCUCUCUGGGUUUCACUCUGUGGCCACUGCUUUCUCAAUACCUGCUGGAUGAGAUGGGCUGGAGAAACACUUUCCUUAUCUUUGGAGGAAUACUAUUGAACUGCUGUGUCUGCGGAGCCAUCAUGAGACCAGUUCAGCUCACUUCAGGGUCACUACUACAGUCGCCCCAGCCUGGAGAGGAGCUGAGGAGAAGAGCAGAAGAGACACAGCUGUCCAAUGGAGCAUCUUCUCCCCACCACGAGCUCCAGAAGCAAAGCAGAAGGACUGCAUGCUUCCGUGUGCUGCAGAAGUACCUGGCUUUUGACAUCUUCUGUCAAAACAAAGGUUACCAGAUUUACACUAUUGGCGUGACCUGGAUGAUGAUGGGGUUUGCGUUACCCCACAUCUACCUUGUGCCUUACGCCAUCCAGAAUGGGGUGGAGGAGCGCAGGGCAGCCCUCCUCAUCUCUGUCAUUGGGUUCAUCAACAUCUUCAUACGGCCCUUCACGGGGCUGCUCUCGGGACACAGAUUCUUCUCAGGGAGACGAAUCUACCUGUUCAGCCUGGCCGUGCUCCUCUGCGGGCUGAGCAACUUCAUCUGCGUGGUCUCGGCUGAGUUCAGCGUGCUCAUCGUCUACUGCGUCAUCCUCAGCAUAGCCAUGAGCGGCAUCGGGGCACUCACCUUCCAGGUGCUGAUGGACGUGGUGGAGAUGGACCGGUUCUCGAGCGCUCUGGGGCUCUUCACCAUCCUGGAGAGCAUCACGCUCCUCAUCGGACCCCCUCUCACAGGUCUCCUGGUAGAUGUAACUAAUGACUUCCACUACGUCUUCUACAACUCCAGCUUCUUCCUCAUUUCGGCUGCGUUGUUCAUGGCACUCACCUUCUGUGCUCUGGAGAAGAAAGCCAAAUUGAAAGAGGCCUCCAAAGCCCCCGUGGAUAAUCCUUCCAGGUAUCAGUACAGUGAAAUGCCAACUGAAUCACAGCCUGAGAGUCAGCCCCCUCCAGCAGUCGUGUACAUCACAAGCAUAUGAAAAGCAAGAGGAUAAAUAAAGAGGAACACAAAGGAUUAUGUGGCCUGUACAAAGCUCCACACGGCCCAGCGCUGAUGGCAGAUGAGAAAACAAGUGGCUGCUUUCCACAACUGCCAUCCCCCUUCUCUAUGGGGCCGUGUCAGACUCCAAGUGAGUGCUCUGGACCACGGGCUGAGCCCAGAACCCAGCGCCAGCCAAAGAGAUGAAGGACAAAGAGAACUGUGCUUCCCCAAAGCAAACCCUGGGAUAACAGCCAUGGUAACCAGCGCCGAGAUACAAAAGCCGUGUCAGUUCAAUUGGUGUAAGUCAGUGCCUUUAAGUCACUGGAAUCUCACAUGCACAUUCCAGUGGGUAACACUGGAUAAUACGCAUUGAUGGCUAUGCACAACGGUCAUUCUUCCACAAAGAA